AACUGGUCUGUAGGAAAACAUGGCGUCCACAGGCGACAUUAAUAUGGCGUCCUCGGACAUGAUGGCCGAGGUCGAGAUCCAGCCGGACAUCCAGGAGGUUGAGAUCGAGUCCAUUCCCGUAGACAUGCCGUGCGAAACGAUCGAGGAGACGAUUAUUGGGGACUCGGAGGACGAGGAAGAGGAUGAAGAAGAUGACGACGAAGACGAGGAUGAAAUAGUGACGCCACAUCACCAACCACACCACCACCAACAUCACUUACAACACCGCCGUCACCACCUACAUCAACAACAGCAGCAGCAGCUACACCAUCCACACGUGCACCACCAGCAGCAGCAGCAGCAGCACCACCACCAGGCCAUGAUAACCUUGCAGGCGCUGCCGGAAACGGUCCGUGAGGAGGAUAUCAUACUGCAGACCCAGGAAGAGAUCGUGGGUGGGGAUCCGCUUUCCGUCUACGAUCAAAUCCCGGUACCUGACCAAGCGGACAUAUACAUCGAGUCGAGCCCCGGGCCCUCGAGGCAGGUAGCGGGCACCGUCACCGUGCCUACCAUCUUAACGACGACAAGCUCCACGGGCAGAAAAAAAGCCAGGAAGAGCACAGCCGGCUCAGCUGCCGCCACUGCUGCUGCCCAGAGGUUUAGGCCAGCCGAACAACAGCACGCUGUUUUCACCGAAAUGCCAGCCGAGGCGAAAGCCAGGAAGUGGGAACAGAAGCAAGUGCAGAUCAAGACUCUCGAGGGCGAGUUCUCAGUGACUAUGUGGGCCUCAGGCACCGACGACGGAAGUGUCCUAUUAGCGUCUCACCUGGUGGAUGUUCCAGAUGAAGGCUCCAAUCCAGAGCCUGACCAAGACUACACAGAGUACAUGAGUGGCAAGACAGUUUCCAAAUUGAACCACUCUAGUAGUUCUGUGUCAGAUGGUAUACCUGGCUUGGAUCUCUCAGAUCCCAAGCAAUUGGCUGAAUUUGCCAGACCAAAUCAUAAUAAAUUAAAAUCGCGCAGUAAGCCGCCAAUAAUCGACGGUGUUGAGCGUACAAUAGCCUGUCCGCACAAAGGAUGUACAAAAAUGUUUAGGGAUAAUAGCGCCAUGCGCAAGCAUUUGCACACUCAUGGACCAAGGGUUCACGUAUGUGCAGAGUGUGGAAAAGCCUUUGUUGAAAGUUCAAAGCUGAAAAGGCAUCAACUAGUUCAUACGGGAGAAAAACCCUUUCAAUGUACGUUUGAAGGGUGUGGCAAAAGAUUCAGUUUGGACUUUAAUCUUAGAACUCAUGUUAGGAUUCAUACUGGUGACAGACCUUACGUCUGUCCAUUCGAUGGAUGCAGUAAAAAGUUUGCUCAAUCAACAAAUUUAAAGUCACACAUAUUAACACAUGCCAAGGCAAAAACGCGAAACAAUAUUGGCCGACAAGUACAACAAAUUCAGCUGCAACAGCCACAGUUUGUUCAAGUAGAGGUGGCUGACGUGGAUAAUCAGCAGUUUAUUGUUUAUGCUGAUUAGCCCUCUUCGCCAUUGGCGCCAUAUCCAUAACGUGCCCAUUUUGUCAAAUUUUCGUAACCUUUGAUUGUUCAAUCCAACAGUGUACAUAUUUUACAAUAACGAGUGAUUAAAGGCGGAUAGAAGAGCAUAAACGAAAAACAAUUUUUCUAUCAUAUUUCAAAAAAAUCCGUUGACUCAUUCUGGUAUUAAUUUUACGCUUAAAUAAAAAAAAAUAAAAAAAAAAUAUAAAAUUUAAAUACUAGGCGCAAACCAGAACUAUGUAGGAAAACGAAAUACUGCGUGAAUUCUAAUGAAAUAAUUAUGACUUACGUGAGACAAGGAACACUUGAAAAGUUGAGGUUUAAGAAUUUGAUAUUAGAUGCAUUUGUAGAUAAUACUGUAGAAAUGUUGAAUUUUCAAAACUUAACUUUUUAUCCUAAUGCCGACGGUAUUUAUUUAUCCCAUUUAAGCGAUGGCUACUCACUUUUCAUAUCGAUUUCCAAACAAUGUAUCCUAGAGCGUGACUCGUUAAUCACGGUUGUAAAUAUUUAUUAAGUGAAGUGAAUAUAAUGUAUAAGAUAUAUUUUCAAAGAUAAAAAUAAAUUCAAAAUUAUUACUU